AUGGCUUGUUUCACCUUAUUUAAUGGCUCUUGCCUUCUAGCUUUAACUAUUUUGGCUAUAAUUCUGAAUUUAAUACCUCUGUUCAUGGAUUAUCAUGAUGGGCAUUUAUUUCGAAACUCCAUAUCAUGUUACGAAUGGUGGCUACCGGGUGUUCUUGGAGGUGGGAUCUUGGUUAUACCAGCUGCAUCCAUGUCUUUGGCAGCACGUAAGGGACAGAAAUGCAAUACCAGAACUGGGUUCCUACUGUCUGCACUUUUCAGCCUGAUCAGCGUUGUUGGAGCCUUCUACUGUGCUUCGGUUUCACUUUGUUCCCUCGUGAAGGGGCCGUUGAUCUGUAAUACAGCAAGUCACAGUGUAGACAACUGCACAUUUUCAAUGGAAGAUAUAAGCUCUCUUUCAAAACUCAAGUUUGAAUUAAAGUGGUUUCUGGAAGAUGAGUGUGGAAUUAAUCAAACUGCCUUUGAAACGGAACCAACUCUUCUGCCAAAUAUAAAUGUUACCAGAGUCCCUAUCAAUGAAUCACUGACAAUUCACGUGGUCACUUUCACUGGACUCCUUCUAGUGGCAAUACUGGAAGUGAUUGUCAGCGCAAUGCAAAUAAUCGUUGGAAUUUACGGCUGUUUCUGCAGAUCAUCCAGAAGAUACGACAGUGGGCCUGUGUAA